CUCAGACAAUAGGUGGCAAAGCAACUGGUUCAACCUGGGCUGGCCAGUUUUACCGUGGAGGCAGGACUUCAGUGGCAGCUGUGCCUUCAGUUUCCUUCUGGCUUUCUCUUUCCAGCAUUUGACCCUUAAGCACCGUUUGAGAGUCCAGUGGUCAUGGGAUCCACCGAAGGAGAGGACAGUGUCAUCCUCAUUACCGAAGACAAAGAUGAGAACCCAGUGGAGAGUUCUGUUGUGUUGAUUGAGAGUUCAGAAGAGUUUCCCUUGGAAAAGAAGAACAUGGAUGAAAUUGUGGAUGACGAAUGCGAGGUGAUAGUUACUUUCUGCAAGCGAGCAAAAGUGAUGCCCCAUGCAAGAUACGACUGCAUGACCCAUCCCUUUGAGCGUGCAGAAUGUGAGACAUCAUGUCCCCUUGGGAGAAACACAGAGAUGUGUGGCCAGUGCUACUGCUAUAUUUGUGAUAAGCUUGCUGCAGAGUGUAAAGACUGGGUGACCCCUUCCCUGUGCCACUGUAACGCACACAACAAAAGCAAGUACUGGAAGGAUCAGUGGCAUUUUGCCCUCACUGGCGGCCUUGCCAUGUUCAACUUGGAGCUCUCGGAAAUAGAUGUGGACAUUCAACACGGGGGAGUACUCCUACAGAAAUUCAUACAUGAUAUUUCUAUGGAAUAUAAUAAAUACCUGUCCGGAGAGAGAAUUCCUUCAGAUUACCACAAAUGUUAUUGUCAUCGGAAAUUGGGUCCUGGGCAGUGUGAUGAUUGUGGCCUCCGCCAGAUGUGUGUCAUAUACAGGUACACACCUGUUUUUGAUCUCGUAACGACUCAUCUAAAUCAGGCUGAAAACGAGAAGCCCAAAGCAGAGGUCAUUGUGCUUUUGGGAGCAGCCAAAGAGAUUAUGCUCCACAAGGAUCCUUUUACCUACUCUCAAACCUUUGAUCCCUUGGGAUCGGUGAACCAGGCUGUGCCAUGUUUGAUGGUCAGGAUUACAAGACGACUGCAGAGACUGCUGGUACUGAAUGAAUUUCCGAAACCUUUGUAUGACAAAUUCAUUGGCUUUUACCAGUCUAUUCCUCUCCCAGUUCACUGCUCCACCUUCUCAAAUAGCCUGAAUUUCAUGACUUGGCAUCAUAGCUUGCUGACUUCGGUCUUAAAAGGACAAAAUGUCACUGGUCGCAGAACCCAGAAAGGGAAGAAAGAGUAUCUUUGUGAAAUAUUUCCUGUGAUAGAGGCACGCAUUGAGAGAAUGGAAAACCGUCAAGAAUACAAGGAGUUGAUCCGUUACUUGAAAGUGGUGAAGUGCAGUGAUUCCAAAUGGAUGCAGAAGCAGAGGGACAAAAUACCCUUAUACAUGUGCAGAAGUGGGGACUUCGUAGGCGCCACACAGGCGCUCUUUAAUGUCUUCUCCAAAUCCAGUUGCACGGCUUGCCGCCUGUCCCCAAGCCAAUUUGAGGGCUACCUAAAGAUGUUCCGAACGGGACAGGCUCCUUUGGGGAGAAGCCUGGAGGUCCCUGCGCAGUGGUCUCCAGUGGCUCCUCCUUCCUCUUCUCUAGGAGAACCUCUGAAGCUGCCCGUUCUGCUCAAACAGACGUUCAGGCUACUCCACACCAACAUGUCAUUGUUUAAGAAUCCCAAAUGUUGGACAUCUGUGAUAAAGACUUUUAGUAGCCACCCAGUCUUGGGAAAUGACGGCCGCCUCACAGCCAUUACCUUGAAAGAACCCCCCCAGGAAUUCCAACAGAUGGUCUUCCGAGAGUCUUGCUACAUCCUGGAAGAACUCGUCGCCAAAGUCCGAACGAACGUUUUCCUUUCAGACGUGUUCCGCCUGGAUUUGCACUUGGAGGCAGGUCUCAUUUUUGCGGUCACGGCGCUACGGCAAAUGGUCCUGCAGGAGUACCGGUCACUGGGCUCGUUCUUAGACAUCAUUCUGGCUUUUAGGAAUAACUUCUGGGCUCUGAAGCUCCUGAUAGAGUCUCUGGCUUGUCACGAAAAGGCUCUGUGCGGCAUUGUUGGCUUGAUUAUCACUGACCUCCAUUAUCGGAAAGCAGAAAUGUUGGAACUGUGCCGACGACGUGGCCCUCAGUAUGUGGGUGACCUGCUGUGUCUCUUCCUGACAUCUAGGGAUAGAAAUGUACCAUCCAUUGGCAUCUCCAUCAUUAAUGUUAUCGUGGACAAUUUGCAAGAGUGUCACUGGGCAAAGCAGGUUGGCUAUUUCCUUCAAAACUCAACAAAAGCAUUUGGCUGGGCAGCUUAUGAAGUUUCCAGCUUCAUAGCAAUUUCACAGACUCUUCCUUAACUCUGUCAAUCUGAAGAACUCAACGACUAGCCAGGUUUCCUCGCCUCUGCCCACUUCUGAGCAGCCUGGGAAAGGCAUUCGUAAGCAUCUGGCAAGCCACGUUGUAUCCCCUAGCUCUGGAUGGCUCUUCCAGGAAGUUUGCACCUGCGAUUGGAUUUCUCUGCAGAGCUCUGCUGGUCUCAGAAGGUUCUAAAGUCCUCCAAUGGGCUCCAAGUGUGGUUUUACAAAUGUGUAAACGUAUACAUGCAUUUUUACAGGCUCUUCUGUUCUGUGCUAUCCAUAGAUCUCUCUCUCUUUCUCCAUAUGUAAUGCAUCUCAAGGAUGUCUUCCUCAUGCAAAUCAUAUGAGGCUUAGUGUGCUGUUGAUGCACAAAAUUCCUGUGCUAUGUCUGGUUUUUCCCCCCAGGGCUGCUUUCUGUUUUGCGCCCAUGUAGAGAGCUCAACAGCGCAUGAAUAUUUCUGCCAGAAUGUGCGCUUCCUGCAUUUCACCUUGCCUGUGUAGCACAGAAUGCAGAACUUGCUCACCUAUUCCUCAGACCCUCUUUUUACCACCCACGUCAUGAUCUGUGAAAAUAAGGGUGAAACUGUUUAUGAUGGG